AUGACUGCUGAAGAGAUACCACGAACUGCGUCCCUAGCUGAAUCAUUGCCAUCCGAUGAUGGAGAAUUAUCAAGUUCCAUAAUUGUUCGACAUGCCCAACGUUUGAAACGUUUGAAACCAUUAAAUUUUUCAUUAUUACGUUGGAAUCUUCUUUGGCUAUUCAUUAUUUUAUGUUUUAUUACAUUACCUAUAUGGCUUCGUUUUGCAUCUCAAUCAUGUCCGGGUACAUAUUAUGUUAUAUUGUCAGUAUUGUUUUGGUUAGAUCUCGUUUGGUUUUUGGCAUUAAUAUUUUCUAUACAUACACUGAUAAAAUUAAAAUACGGAAUGGUAACUGAUCAUAAAAUAACCUAUCCUGCUGAUACACCUUUAAUUCAUCUGAUUAUAUUAACAAUAUAUAAAGAUGAUAUGGGUGUUGUUUGCCGUACAAUUGAUUCACUUGCCGAACAAACGGAAGCUAAACGUAUUCUAUUAGUUAUGGCAUGGGAAUCACGAACACCAGAAAGAGACGAACGUACAGAACUUAUACAAAAACGUUACGCAGAUAAAUUUUAUUCUAUUAUUUUUCCUGUUCACCCGUACGGUCUUGAAAAUGAAAUCGCAUCUAAAGCCGCUAAUGCGAAUUGGGGCUUACGAGAAGCAGUUCGUUAUUUGAUGGCAGAUGAGGAUAAAAAGAAAAACAUUAAUCAUGUUAUGGUAACAACAUGUGAUGCUGAUACAUUGUUUCAUGCGAAAUAUUUCGAAGCGUUAACCGCUGAUUAUUUACAAUGCAUUAAAAAUAACGAUCCCAGUGUACAUCGCACAAUAUGGCAAGCACCACUUUUCUAUAAUUGGAAUUUAGAUCAAAAUUCAUUUCCUGUUCGUAUAACUGGUCUUGUGCGGUCGUUAAUGACUAUGGGUUUACUUAUUCCAUAUAAUGUAAACCCGAUGUCAUGUUUUUCAUUUUCGCUAACACUUGCUGUACGUGGUGGUUAUUGGCAUCCGCAAAUAUUUAUGGACGAUGUUGGUUAUCUUUUAACAAUGAUGAUUGGAACACAACGACGUAUACGUAUACGUCUUGUACCUGUUCCUGUUCGAUCGGGACCAACAUCCGGUGAUACAUGGUUGAAUGAUGCUAAAGAAUGGUAUAUUCAAGUGCGGCGAUGGGGCAUUGGUACUGCGGAUAAUUUUCAUUAUUUUGUCGUGAAAAUUCCACGUUUACCAAUCAUGGCUUCAUGCAUAUUUGCUCUUGGUUAUUUUCUUUAUUAUGGUGUCAUAUUGUGUAGUGCAAGUCUUUUUAGUGUAUCAUCAGGUUUUUUCCCAUUGCUCUGUCCAAAAUUAGAACUACAUUGGUUACCAAAACCAUUUGAACCGUUUCAUUUACAAAUUUUGCUUGGCAUUAUUAUACCACAAUUACUUUAUGGUAUUUUAUUUAUUUUGGAUGCUAUUUGGUGCCGAUGGACGUUGAAUGUCAAAGAAGAUAUAUUUAUACUGCGAAACAUUCUUCAUUGGAUUUUAACGCCAUUCACAAUGAUUGCAUUAAGUUGUGUACAACUUUGGUCAUAUAUUGUUUUAGCUUUACAAGGAAAAAAAGCUUGUAUUCAUAAAGUAGCUGGUAAAGCUACAUUGGCUCAAAUCCAUAGUGAAGUGUAA